AUUACUUCCAUUGUUCACUGAUUGUCCCCAGACCGAACUUUGCGAAACCACUGACGGCGUCCGAAGCUUCUCCGGUUAUGUCCAUCUCCCGGCUGGAGCACUGGCCGAUCUAGGUGUUGAGAACCAGACAUAUGAGAUCAAUACCUAUUUUUGGUUUUUCGAAUCCAGGAAAGACCCUGCCAAUGCGCCUCUUUCCAUUUGGAUGAACGGUGGACCGGGCUCCAGUUCUUUCGUCGGACUGUUGCGUGAAAACGGACCUUGCUUUAUUGGCGCCGACUCUAAUAGUACUUACCUCAACGAGUGGUCUUGGAAUAAUGAGGUUAACAUGCUUUACCUCGAUCAACCCGUCCAAGUAGGCAUGAGCUACGACAGUUUGGUGAAUAUCACCACUAAUCUAGACACCGGCGAUCUCGAAGUGGUAGAUUUUGAGAACGGUCCUAUCCCCUCACAAAACAACAGCUUCUACGUUGGCACCUAUCCCAGUGAGAACUACAAUCUCACCACCCGUGGCACGGAGAACUCUGCACGAGCUCUCUGGAACUUCGCCCAAGUCUGGUUUCAAGAAUUUCCUGAACACAAGCCGAAUGAUGACAGAAUCUCGAUCGCAACUGAGUCGUACGGAGGUCGAUACGGACCUGCUUUUGCGGCCUAUUUCCAGGAGCAGAACGAGAAAAUAGAGAAUGGAACGUGGAGCGAAGCUGGUCAGACUCAUCUUCUCCAUCUCGAUACUCUACUUAUCAUCAACGGCUGCAUUGAUCGCUACGUGCAGUGGCCAGCUUACCCGACCAUGCAGUACAACAACACAUACGGUAUAAAGGCCGUCAAUGAGUCGCGUUACGAAGAAGUGCUUGACAAUCUGUACCGUGAAGGAGGAUGUCUUGACCAAAUUGAAGAGUGUCGCAACCUUAGUGUUGCCUACGACCCCACCAACCAAGGGUUCAACGAGACCGUCAACGAAGUAUGCGAGGCUGCAGAGACAUUCUGUUCCGAGACGAUUCGCGAUCCGUACUUCGACACCGACCUCAAUUACUACGACAUCUCUGCUCCUGGCGCGGCAACAUUCCCACCUCCAUGGUAUCAGGGCUGGCUCAAUCAGCCUCAUGUGCAGCAGGGGCUAGGCGUGCCCUUGAACUGGACUCAGUCAAACUCUGCGGUAUCGCGGGCAUUCCGCGGCAUUGGCGACUACCCACGUCCAGGCUGGAAGGAAGACUUGGCAUACCUUCUCGAAGAAGGCAUCAAGGUAACGCUGGUGUACGGCGACCGAGACUACGCCUGCAACUGGUAUGGCGGUGAACUGCUCUCCCUCGCCAUCCCUUACGACAACGCCACCUCGUUUGCGGAUGCAGGGUAUGCGCCUGUCAUUGUCAACGACACCUAUAUUGGAGGUCAAGUGCGUCAGUACGGAAAUCUGUCCUUCACACGCGUGUACGAAGCUGGCCACGAGGUACCAGCCUACCAACCCGAGACUGCGUACAGGAUCUUUACACGUGCACUCUUCAACCGCGACAUCAGCACCGGAAAUGUUUCCACAACCGAAAAUCCUGACUACGCAACCGAAGGGCCAAGCGACGUGUACAACAUAACCAAUGAACCAAUCGUCGACGAAGGCACGCAGUGUUACGUUCUUGAUCCCGGACAAUGCACAGCGGAGCAGUGGGAGUCAGUCAUGAACGGAACGGCUUUGGUGCGGAACUGGAUUGUUGUAGACGCCAACACCAGCUACCUGUUCCCAGACCUAGUAGGCAACGGAACCUCCGGUAAUGGGACUGCACCCUCGGCAACUGGCUUCCCUAUGCCUACUUAUACCGCAGCUGCGUCUGGAGGUCUUUCCACGAGUUUUUUGGGUAGUACGAUCAUUGCCGCAGCUGUAGGAGGCUUGAUAAUGCUAUAG